ACACACGCGUCGACCCACGGCGCGCCCCUCCCCGCCUCGCCGGCGCGGGAAGAACCGAGACGCAAGUCUGCAGCACGCGGGAAGACGAGCCGCCCUGCAGUCUCUGUCUUCAGCUCCCCUCAGGCUCCAGUCCACUUCCCCCUCUUCAAAAGCAGCGAGAAUCGGAUCUCGCCGUUUGAGCCCGUUGUCGCGCCCGUACUCGCUAAGCAGUAGGGACGGGACCUUUAUCGCUACAACUCGACUCUUCCUUCCGCUAGUGGUGCCGCGUCGUUGGCAGGGCGCGUGUGAGGCUCUAGUUCUGGAAACCCCCACACUUCUCCCUCCCACCCCCCCUGCAAAGCCCUCGGUAUAUAAAUAGAUACCGUAUUUUUUCUAAGGUAGAUCUGCUCUGCCUGAAAGGUAACUACACGAAAAGUCUUCCAAACCGACCUGUUUUUCUGUUGGAGCAAUUUCAGAGUGGAGCGCCACUGUCGUAUCUAGUACCUCUACAACUCUCUCCUUGCGUCCACUUAGUCUCCUUCGUGUGUCUGGAGCUGCUACAGCCAUGUCUGGUUUGUACCCAAAACUGGACGAACCUUGGAGUGACGUAGACGAAGAAGGAACUGUUGUAGAAGAAGACGAUGACGAUAAUCCCGGCAGCUGUGGUCAGGGAGGGCCCGGAGCAGUUUACAGCAGGCCUAGCAACCUCUCGGAUCACUCUCGCAGCCCCAGAGACAGUACAGACGGAGUAAACCUCUCCGAGUUCCAAGAUCACUUUCUCGGGCGACGGGAAGGUGCGAGUGGGUCCCACGAUCCUCCCGUGCUACAGCGACUGCACCAGAAAUGGCAAGAACGGAACUCGCCUGCAUCAUCCUACGGCAGAGUCGCCGAAAAUUCUUAUCCCUCGUCGCCGAUAUUUGGAGGCAAUCCGAGGAACGAUAGACACACGGGUGCUUCCGUUGGUGGUUUUUCCGGCGUAGUGAAUAGGGGGUGGGGUACAGUGGUGUGGGCCGUGCAGUGGACACUUGGGGCAAGACUGUGGCAAAAAGCUGUGCUGACAGUUCUACUGGGUGUCCUGUGCUCCAUGAUAGUCGGUGCUCUUCGCCCCCACUUGGACACCCACAAAUUGGACAAUUACCUGCCGUGCAUGCCUGAGAAACUACACCACAGUGACAUGCCGCCUUGUAUGGAAGAGCCUGAGGCAAAGUUUGCAAGAGUAGCGGCUCUGAAAAUGGCCGACAUUCUUCACAAGAGAGCAGUUCAAUACGUCUGUGGUACAAAGGACGUACCAAGUCUUGCAAUGUCCCUCGGAGAACUAAGACAAAUGGAUGAACUAAAGGAUGUCUCCAAAGAUGAUAUGAAGAACGUAUUUUACCUCGUUCUAGUCAACCCUCAUUGGAAUAUCAGAUGGAUGGACAGUAGCAAUAAGACAGUCGCAGACUGGACUCACUAUCCUCAAUCCUCAGACCGUCUCGCCAUAUUUUCUCCAUCUCCCCCGUUCAAAUGCCGUCUCUUUCUCAAACUAGCCGGUCUAUGGAGCAUGCUACAGUGGAUCAUCCUGGCUAUCCUGGGAGGGGUUGUGGUGUGUGCAGUGUUUGCUCUCUAUCAGAAGAAGAAACGGAGACAAGAAUCUGCGGUCUUCUCGAUGGUCGGACGGAUAAUGGAUGUGAUGAAGUACCACUACAAGAAGUCCAGCACUAAGAAGGACCUCCUCCCGUAUCUUGCCAUCAUUCACGUCAGAGAUAUGCUCAUUCCGCCUUCUGAGAGGUCCGUCUCCCUCCAUGCAAACGCCAAUGCUGUAUAGCUGCAUUUUACUAAGUAGAGAACUAAAUUUCACCGCUAAAUUUAACCCUUUGGACACCAUGGGGAUCUAGCAGAAAUUGAUGUAUAAAGUAUUAGCGCCUAGUAUUAUAACCCCUAUAUAAUUCUAAUGGACUUGUGGAGGCUCUAGACAUUUAUGUGUCCGCGGC